AGUCCUUACAAGAUGGAGAUUCUUCAAACACUGGUUUUUGACAACGGAACUCAAAUGACCAAGGCUGGCUUUGCUGGGGAUGAUUCUCCAAGGACUGUUUUCCCAAGUUUAGUUGGUCGUCGUCAUCAUACUGGUGUCAUGGUUGAAAUGGGAAGAAGGCAUCCCUAUGUUGGUUAUGAAGCUGAGUCGAAAAGAUAUAUGCUUAAUCUGAAUCAUCCCAUUGAACAGGGCAUAGUAAGAAACUGGGAUGAUAUGGAGGAACUUUGGCAUCACACAUUUUACAAUGAACUUGGUGUCCCUCCUGAGCAGCAUCCCGUUCUUCUGACUGAGGCACCAUUUAACACCGAGAUAAACCGAGAGAGAAUGACUCAAAUCAUGUUUGAGAAAUUUAAUGUUCCAGCCAUGUAUGUCGCAACCCAGGCCGUUCUUUCUCUUUAUGCUAAUGGUCGUACAACUGGUAUUGUGCUUGAUUCCGGUGAUUGUGUGACCCACAUUGUCCCUAUCUAUGAGGGACAUGUACUUCCCCAUGCUAUCUCACGCUUAGAUAUUGGUGGUCGUGAUCUUUCAAAGUAUCUCAUGAAGUUACUCGUGGAGGGGUAUAAUAUAUAUUAUUAUGACGGUUGGGAAAGAUAUAAAGAUAUGUUUCAUGAUAUGAAGGAGACGUUUGCUUAUGUUGCACUGGAUUUUGAGCAGGAGAAUGAGAAGGCAAAAAAUUGCUCAAAAUUACUUGAGAAACGCCAUGAGUUUCCUAAUGGAGACGUUGUCAAUAUUGGUGCUGAGGGAUUCCGUUUACCUGAAGUCCUCUUUCAACCAUCAUUGGUUGGAAUGGAAGCGGCAGGAAUUCAUGACAAAGUCUACAACUCAAUCAUGAGUUGCGAUGUUGAUAUUAGGAAAGAUUUAUUUGCAAACAUUGUGCUUAGUGGUGGCUCAACUAUGUUCCCUGGCAUAGCAGAACGUAUGAGCAAGGAAAUCACUGCACUUGCUCCGAGCCAUACGAAAAUCAAGGUGAUUGCACCACCUGAGAGGAAGCGUAGCGCCUGGAUAGGAGGAUCAGUUCUCGCCUCCCUCAGUACUUUCCAAAAAAUGUGGAUAACAAAGGGCGAGUAUGAUGAAAUUGGUCCAGCAGUUGUCCAUAGGAAGUGCUUCUAA